AUGAGCACAGUUGGAGCCGCCCACAACGUGAACAUUUUAGGGUCGGGUAGGACCACCGUUGUCCUUAGCCACGGGUACGGGACCGACCAAUCGGUGUGGAGGCACUUGGUCCCGUACUUGGUGGACGAGUACAGGGUUUUGUUGUAUGAUAAUAUGGGCGCCGGCACAACAAACCCGGACUAUUUUGAUUUCGAACGCUAUUCGACUUUGGAAGGCUAUGCGUACGACUUGAUCGCAAUUUUAGAGGAAUUCGGGGUCGACAAGUGCAUACAUGUCGGCCAUUCGCUCUCGUCCAUGGCUGCAGCUAUAGCGUCGAUUUUCAGGCCAGAUUUGUUUCAUAAACUUAUCAUGAUCGCGGCUAGCCCAAGGAUGUCGAACACGGACGACUACUACGGAGGGUUCGAGCAGAAAGACCUCGACAACCUAGCUGCAGCCAUGGAGACCAAUUGGAGGUCAUUGAAUAGCGGCUGUGCCCCGCUAAUGUUGGGUUGCGACUUGGACUCGCCCAUCAUGCAGGAGUUCAGUCGGACCCUCUUCAGCAUCCGUCCCGACAUUGCCCUUAGCGUGGUCCGCUUGGUUCACUCCUUUGAUCUAAGGCCCUACCUCGGCCACGUCACCAUCCCAUGCCACAUCAUCCAGAGCUCCAAGGACAUGUUGGUUCCCCCCUCGGUGGCCGAGUACCUCCACCACAACCUUGGCGGGAAGUCAGUGUUCGAAUUGAUACCGACCGAAGGACACAUCCCGCACUUAAGUGCCCCGGAGGUAACGAUUCCGAUCAUUCUGCACCAUAUAAAGCAUGAAAUCGCGGAUAAGUGA